AGAAGACUUUCAUUUCAAUUCCGAAGAAGCCCCAGAGAAACAUACAUUCAGUUUUCAUUUUUUUUGCUUCUUUGUUUCCCAUGUCUCAUGUGUUCUGGAUUCUGAUUUUGAGCCUUUCGAUUUUAAAAGCGACGUCGUUGCAAGCAGGAUCGCGGACGGUACUUCGUGUGAUUGGCGAUAACAACGGCGGCGGCGGUAGUGAUCCGAAGGACUAUGGCGUUGAAUUGAACGCCACGAACUUCGAUGGAGUUCUCAAGGACACUCCCGCCACUUACGCUAUAGUCGAAUUCUUCGCUCACUGGUGCCCCGCUUGCAGAAAUUACAAGCGUCAUUAUGAAAAAGUUGCUAGGCUUUUCAAUGGACCUGAUGCGGUGCAUCCUGGUAUCGUAUUGAUGACUAGAGUCGACUGUGCAUUAAAGAUAAAUACCAAUCUUUGUCAUAAGUUUUCUGUUGGUCACUACCCUACGCUGUUUUGGGGUCCUCCUAAGAAGUUUUCCUCUGGUUGGAAACCCAAUAAAGAAAAAAGUGAAAUACGUGAAAUUGAUGAUGGGCGAACAGCAGAACGUUUGCUUAAUUGGAUCAAUAAGCAACUAGGCAGUUCAUAUGGCUUGGAUGAUGAAAAUUUUGAAAACAACCUUCUUCUGUCCAAUAUAUCAGAACCUGGACAGAUUGCUCGAGCCAUAUAUGAUGUGGAGGAGGCAACCGCAACUGCCUUUGACAUCAUUUUGGAACAUAAGAUGAUUAAAUCAAAAACUCGAGCUUCACUUAUAAAAUUCCUUCAGCUUUUAGUAGCUCAUCAUCCUUCCAGGAGGUGUCGAAAAGGAAGUGCAGAAGUGCUCAUGAACUUUGAUGAAUUGUGCCCAUUAGAUAUGUGGUCAUCUGAUAAAGUUGAUGAUGUCACCAAUAACCUGAAAGAGGUGCUACAUGAUUUCCAGAUUUGUGGAAAGGAAGUUCCUCGUGGAUAUUGGAUGUUUUGUCGUGGCAGCAAGAACGAAACCAGGGGCUUUAGUUGUGGAUUGUGGGUUUUGAUGCAUUCACUUUCAGUGAGGAUUGAAGAUGGAGAAAGCCAGUUUGCGUUUAUAUCUGUAUGUGAUUUUAUUCACAACUUCUUUAUUUGCGAAGAUUGUCGUCAACAUUUUUACGAGAUGUGUUCGAGAGUUACUAGUCCUUUGAAGAAAGCACGUGAUUUUGCCCUUUGGUUGUGGAGUGCACAUAAUGAGGUUAAUGGGAGAUUAAUGAAGGAAGAAGCAUCUCUAAAAACCGGAGAUCCGAAUUUCCCGAAGAUUAUUUGGCCUCCGCGGCAACUUUGUCCUUCAUGUUAUCUCUCACUGGGUCCCAAAGAUAAAGGAAACAAUCAGAUCGAUUGGGACAGGGAUGAAGUGUUCAAAUUCCUAGUCAGUUAUUACAGAAAUACGCUUAUAUCGUUGUACAACGAAACGGGUCUUCGUGCCAGCGAUAGGACCAAUGUUACUCUGGAUGAUUUGGUGGCCUCAACAAAUGCAAUCGUGGUGCCUAUAGGAGCUGCAUUGGCUAUUGCAAUUGCUAGCUGUGUGUUUGGUGCUCUUGCUUGCUACUGGCGAUCUCGGCAGAAGAAUAGGAAGUAUUACCAUAAACUAUACUAUUUAAAGAACAUAUGAUUAUUAUGAAGACUCACGUACUUUCAAAUUGGGUCAUAAGCAUUAGAAUGAAAUCAUAAAUGAGGGCUAAAAUGGCUGAAAAUUGUUAAAGGAAAUUUGUAGAGGGGUUUAGAUGUUUUGAAUUGUAACUUUCUCAUUUCAUUUCCUUGCACCACUUUUCAGGCCAAGGAGAAGCUGGAAAUAGGAUUACUUAGACAACAGAAAAAUACACAACCUUUUAAGAUGUCCAGGUUUCAGCCCUGUAUCAACAGUCCCUCGUGAGGUCGUAUUCUUAACCGGUUCUUUUUCUUUUAUGAAUCUCAUCAUGAAAUAUAGUUUUGGGUGCUAUAGAUUAACAUAUAUAUAUAUAUAUAUAUAUAUAUAUAUAUAUAUAUUUAUUUUGAGAAAGAAAUGUCCUAUAUCUGCAUUGUGUUUUUUUGAAUUAUCCGAUUCAUGCCCGUCCUUGACUUACCUGAUUUUGUUCUUCAGAGCUAGUUUCUUUUGUUCCUUAAUACUAUACAGGAAGGAACUAUAGUAUAAGUUGAAUGUGGGGAUAUUGUAUAAACCUCUUGUAAGUUCAUUACAAAAGUUUUAUCUUGUUG